UCACGGCACCGAUCCGGGGGGAAUACAGAAGGUAACGAGAGGAGGAGGAGAAGGAGAAAUGGCAACCAUAACUGGUCUGAGCCUUUCGGGCCUUGGGUUUUUGGCUAGGGCAUCGGAAUCACAAAAGGCCCAAGCGGUCAAAUUCCCGGCGCAUCCAGGCCAAAGACUCGGGUCGGGGCGCAUGAUGGCAGUUCGGCCUGUGCGUGCAGCACCUGAUCGUAUAUCGGAGAAGGUGGAAGAGAGCAUAAAGAAGGCAGAGGAGACGUGCUCAGACAACCCAGCGAGCGGUGAGUGCGUGGCGGCUUGGGAUGAAGUGGAGGAGCUAAGCGCGGCGGCCAGCCAUGCCAGGGACCGAAAGAAGGAGUCGGACCCACUGGAGAACUACUGCAAGGACAACCCAGAGACCAACGAGUGCCGCACAUAUGAUAACUGAGAGGGCUGAUAUCAAAAUUUGUUAAAAAGUGUGUUUUUACUUUCUAGCAUUCUAUGUUAUCUUAUAUGAAUGAACUGCCAUGUUUAAAUAUUUAAUUCUGAACCAAGCGUGAUCCCCAAAGCGAACCGCCCCCCUCGUCACCAUACAUACAAAGUGAAAAGGCCUUUUUAAUUUCAAAAAGUAAAGCCCGAAGUUUGUUUAUUUAUUUGAGUUUCCUGGAUCUGAUUAAUAGUUCUUUUCCGUCGUUG